AUGAAGACCUUGCCGCGGCUCGCCAUUCACACCGAGUUCUUGUCGAGAAUCUCAAUUCCCCGCAGAAAUUGUGCGUGUUUUCCUUUCUCAAACAGCAGAAGAAGGCAGAGCACAGUUGCACUCUCCUCCUCUGAUAAGUCAGAUGAGGAAACUCUAGUUGUAGUUGGCGCCGGCGCUGCCGGAAUGUACGGAGCUAUUCGAGCUAAGACAAUGGCGCCCCAUCUUGAUGUGGUUGUGAUUGAGAAAGGGAAACCUUUAUCAAAGGUUAAGAUUUCUGGUGGCGGUCGAUGUAAUGUGACGAACGGCCAUUGUGUUGAUAAUGCGAUUCUGGCAGGAAAUUAUCCAAGAGGUAAUAAAGAGUUACGAGGAUCAUUUUUCAAUAUUCAUGGCCCAACCGAUACCAUGUCGUGGUUCUCAGAUCGUGGAAUAGAACUUAAGACUGAGAUUGACGGAAGAGUGUUUCCGGUCACUGACAGUUCAUCUACUAUCAUAGAUUGCCUUAUAUCCGAAGCAAAGAAGAGAGGGGUUGUAUUGCAGACUGGAAAAACCGUUUCAAGUGCAUCAACAUCCGAAGAUGGGAAAUUCUCCAUCAAAAUAGAAAAACGUACAGUUGAUUAUGUUGAGUAUGUCAAAGCUGAUUAUUUGAUGAUUGCCAGUGGUAGUAGUGAGCAGGGAUAUAGAGUUGCUACUCAACUUGGUCAUUCUAUUGUGAAACCAGUGCCCAGUUUAUUCACUUUCAAGAUUGAUGAUUUUCAGUUAGUUGAAUUGUCUGGGGUUACAUUUCCUAAGGUCAGAGCAAAAUUGAAAUUAGAAGCUGUUCAGAAGAGCAUACCUGAGCAUUCACAGGUUGGACCCAUGUUGGUUACACACUGGGGAUUUAGUGGGCCAGUGAUUCUUCGUUUAUCUGCUUGGGGAGCACGCGAUCUCUCGGAUUCUGAUUACAAAGGUUCACUUCUUGUAGAUUUUGUUCCUGAUGUUCGAAUUGAAGAUGUGAAGUCGUUACUUAUUCAACACAAGAAUAAGCUUCAAAAGCAAAGGGUCGUUAAUUCAUUUCCUUCAGAAUUUGGCAUUAUGAGGAGAUUCUGGAGAUACAUAGUAGAACAAGAGGAUUUAGCUGAAGAUCUUUUGUGGGCUUCCAUAUCCAACAACUUAAUAACAUCAAUUGCUUCACGACUUAAAAACUGUUCCUUCCGUGUGAAAGGGAAGGGCCAAUUCAAGGAUGAAUUUGUCACAGCUGGAGGUGUUCCACUGUCUGAGAUAUCCCUGAAUACCAUGCAGAGUCGAAUCAGGUCACGCUUAUUCUUUGCUGGGGAGGUAUUGAAUGUCGAUGGUGUAACUGGAGGUUUCAACUUCCAGAAUGCUUGGUCAGGUGGAUAUAUAGCUGGAACAAGUAUAGGCAAUCUGGCAACAUCACUUGUUCGGAAAACAGGCAACUGCGUGAACGAAUUAGAUGCUAAUAUUUCUACAUUUUAG